AAAUACCUUCUUAUCACAUCACUGAUAUCUCUGCACUCACUCAUUCAGAUCACUCAUUUCCAUUCAUCCACUCCAUUUUCUACCAUGACUGCUGAAAUGAUUAAAGGUGCUCUUGUCUCCUCUUUCGUUCAGAUCACAAUUGACAAUUUGGCUUCUCGUUUUGGAGACAUAUUUCGUGGAGAUAAAAGCAACAAGAAGAUGCUAAGCAACUUGAAGGUGAAGCUCCUGGCCGUUGAUGUUGUGGCUGAUGAUGCAGAACAGAAACAGUUCACAGAUGGACGUGUUAGAGAAUGGCUUCUCCAAGCCAAAGAUGCCGUGUUUGAUGCAGAGGAUCUCUUGGAGGAAAUAGAUCAUGCACUCUCCAAAACCCAAGUGGAAGCUCAAUCUCAUAGUACUGCUACAAAGGUGUGGAAUUCCCUCAAAUCUCCUUUUGUCAGUUUCUUUAAAAAUGAAAUUGAAUCAAGGAUGGAAAAACUCAUUGAGAACCUAGAAUAUCUAGAAACACAGAGCCAUGUUCUAGGUUUGAAAAGGAAUGAUGAUGUUGGGGAGGGAUCAAGAUCGGGAAGUAAAUUACGAUCAACGUAUUUGCCAAACGAUAGUGUUAUCUACGGCAGAGAUGAUGACAAAGAAUUUGUGUUUAACUGGCUCACAUCUCACACUCACAACAAUCUGUCUAUACUUUCUAUUGUGGGAAUGGGAGGGGUGGGUAAGACCCUUCUUGCCCAACAUGUAAUCAAUGAUCCAAGGACGGAUGAGGCUAAAUUUGAUGUCAAAGCUUGGGUCUGUGUUUCUGAUGAAUUUGAUGUGUUCAAGGUAUCCAAAACUAUUCUUGAGCAUGUUACUAGAUCAACUAAUAAUAGUAGAGAUAUCGAGAUGGUUCACCAAAGUUUGAAAGAAACAUUGACAGGGAAAAAAUUUCUUCUUAUUUUGGAUGAUGUUUGGAACGAAAACCAAUCUAAAUGGGAAGAAGUGCAGAAGCCCCUUCUCUACGGAGCCCAAGGUAGUAGGAUUGUUGUGACUACCCGUAGUAAGGAAGUUGCUUCUACCAUGCGGUCAAAAGAACGCUUUCUAGAGCAAUUGCCGGAAGGUCCUAGCUUAGAUUUGUUUGCUAAACAUGCAUUUGCAGAUGAUUAUGAUGCUCAAUCAAAUCCAGAGUGCAACAAAAUUGGCGAGAAGAUUGUUAAAAAAUGUAAAGGACUGCCUCUUGCCUUGAAAACAAUAGGAAGUCUAUUAUACAACAAAUUAUCUGUUUCAGAAUGGGAAUUUGUGUUCCAAAGCGAGAUAUGGGACCUUCCAAAAGAGCGAUGUAAUAUUGUUCCCGCCUUAGCAUUGAGCUAUAUCCACCUUCCUCCCCAUUUGAAGGUCUGCUUUGCUUACUGUGCCCUAUUUCCGAAGGAUUAUAAGUUUAAAAAGGAACAUUUGAUUGAGUUAUGGAUUACUGAAAAUUUCCUACAACACGGUAAGAGUCCAGAAGAAACUGGCCAACAAUACUUCAAUGAACUACUAUCAAGGUCCUUCUUUCAACGAUCAGGUGAUGCGGAAGAAGUAUUUGUCAUGCAUGACCUUCUAAAUGAUUUGGCAAAAUAUGUCGCCGGAGACAUAUAUUUCAGGUGCGAAGUUGGUCAAACAAAUGAGAUACAAAAAGUAUCUCGGCAUGUUUUAUUUGAACUUCGUAACCAUGGAUGCUUUAGUGGGUUUGGAACUUUAUGUAAAACGCAAAGGUUGCGAACAUUUCUGCUAACACCAGAUAGGAAAAUGGUUUUCUUUUGGAAAAUGAUUUUCUUUUGGAGUUGCAAUAUGUCCAUACAUAAAUUGUUCACCAAGUUCAAGUUCUUGCGUAUCUUAUCGCUCUCUCGUUGUUAUAGCCUUAAAGAGUUACCUGACUCUGUCGGCAUUCUUGAGCAUCUCCGUUCGUUAGACCUCUCCCGGACUUAUAUCAAAAAACUAUCUGAAAGUAUAUGCUCACUUUCCCACUUGCAAAUACUGAAGUUGAACUACUGUAUGGAUUUGGAGGAGUUGCCCUCAAAUUUGCAUUUAAUCACCACUUUGUGUCGUCUUGAAUUUACAUCCACUAAAGUGAGAAAAGUGCCACCAGGUUUGGAAGAACUAAAGAAUCUUAAAGUAAGGAUGGAUAUAUUUAAAGUUGACCAUAGCAUGGAGUCGGGUAUUCAACGGCUAGGAAAGCUCAACAACCUUCAUGAAAGCCUAGCAAUUGAGGGGCUGCAGAACAUUGAGAAUCCCCGAGAAGCAUUAAAAGCAGAUUUGAAGAAUAAAACACACCUACUGAAGUUGGCGUUGGGAUGGGAGAGGACCGGGAACUCUAUUGAUUCAAAAAAGGAAGAGGACGUAAUUGAGAAUCUGAAACCUCCUAAAAACUUGAAGGAGUUGUCAAUCUUCAACUAUGGUGGCAAACAACUUCCAAAUUGGUUACUAGAGAAUUCACUGUGGAAUAUGGUGUUAUUAAAGUUGGAUGGAUGUGAAUCUUGCCAAAGUUUACCUCCGCUUGGUCUUUUGCCAUUUCUUAAGGACCUGUAUAUUUCAGGGUUUGAUGAGAUAGUGAGCAUUGAUGUUGGUUUUCAUGGGAAUAACUCUUCUUCAUUUCAAUCCCUUGAAAGGUUGGAGUUCUCCAAUAUGAGGCAAUGGGAAAAAUGGGAAUGCCAAGCUGUGACAGGUGCUUUUCCAAAUCUUCGAAUUCUUUCUAUAAAGGAUUGUCCGAAACUGAAAGGACAGCUGCCAGAGCUACCUGCUCCUUUGGGAAUGCUAGAAAUGAGAGACUGCCAACAACUUGAAGGUUUCGCUCCCAGGGCUCUAGAAUUAAAGCUACAUAACUGUGGAAAGGUGCAAUUGGAUUGGGCUACAAUGGAAUGGUUGAGAAUGGGUGGGCACCACAUGAAAGCAUUAUUCUGUGAAAGGGAUGGGUCCCACACUCUUGAUGAGUUGGAAAUUGAAGAGUCAAUCAAUGAUGACAGCUUUUUUCUAAGCAUAUUUCCAUUAGAUUCCUUCCCAACACUCGAGGUCCUUACUCUAAGUCGGUUAAAGAAUCUGCAGAUGAUUUCACUUGAUCAAGCUCAUCAUCAUCUCGAUGAUCUAACAAUCAGUAAGUGUCCUAAACUAGAAUCAUUGCCUGGAAGCAUGCAUAUGUUGCUUCCAUCUCUUAGGAGCUUAUGUAUAAAAGACUGUCCAAGACUUGAGUUGUUGUCUGGCGGAGAUUUGCCGUCAAAUCUAACCGAGAUGAGACUCGAGAACUGCUCUAGACUUGUUGGCUCAUUGAAAGGAGGUUUCAGAGACGGUUCGUAUUUGGGAAGGUUGUCCAUUAGGGAACUGGAUGCAAAAUGUUUUCCUGAAGAAGGUUUGCUUCCAACCUCUCUUACUUAUCUAACCAUCGGUGAUUGUCCAAACCUAGAAGAAUUAGACUAUAAGGGGCUUUCUCAACUCUCAUCUCUCCGAUCAUUGACUCUUGAGCACUGCCCCAAACUCCAAUGCUUACCAGAGCAGGGUCUUCCCGAGUCAAUUUCGAAUCUUACAAUACAAAAUUGUCCUUUGCUCAAACAGCGUUGCCAGAGAGGAGGCGAAGACCGGGAAAAGAUUGCUCAGAUUCGAUAUAUCUAUUUAUUCAACUAAUUAUUUGAAGCGGAGAGAUGGAUCGGUCCAACAAACGUUUGCAACUUCUCAAACAACAACUCCUGAAUUCUGUGACCAAUUCGACACAUAGCUGUUUAAGUUUUGAAUGGUAUAAAGGAUGAUUAAGAGAGAAUGAAGAUACUCAAUUAGCAUUGUCUGAGAUUCAUCAUUUUUGACAGCACUUAUCCGUUCAAGAAGUGUGGAUGCACCUGUUAGGGAAGAAGAGAAGGGGACAGACUUACUUCACAUAUAUGUUUGGUUACAAAAAAUACAAUUAUUCUUCUUCUAUUAUUAUAAAGACUUAAUCUUAUCAGAGCAUGUUAUGGAACUUAACAAGCAGUAAUAAGGUGCAAGAUUUGAAUGUAAGGGUGAUAAAAAUCAUUGUAUCUCCAAAACUAGAAGGAACCUACAUUUUACAAGCACUAGAAUAUAUUGGAUGAUAAAAUGUAUUCA